UUAUGAUGAAGGAUAAAAAGAUAAAAUCAAUAUCUCAUAAAAUAAAGAAAGAAACAAAUAAAUCAAUCAAUGACAAAUUCCAUUGUAGCCCACUUAGGGCAGGCCGAAUCAAUGACUACGAAGAAAGGCAAGUGGAUCCGUAAGCAAUCCCCCUUCAUUUUUUAUUUUCUUUUCCCUUUUCUCCUCGACUUGUCGUUUCUAUAUUUUGUAAGUUUCACCCAGACUUUAAACUUGUUUUCCACUAGAGUCCUUAAAUUAUAAUUUGUAUGAUAAAAAUCCUCAUUUUGAGUAUAAUUUCAUCUCGAAUAUGGAGUAUCAUAGCUUGUGAUAGAUUAACAUAUUCAUAUAGGAUAUAUGACAUUACAUUUAGUAAAACAUUUCUUCCAAUUAAGAUAAAAAAUUAUUAUAUUAGUAGAAUAAAAAUAUAGUAAAUUAUAUAAUACCAAUUAAAAUGUAGACAUACAGCCGAAAUACACUUAAAAUUUAAAUGAAAUUUAUAAAAAAAAAAAUAUAAUCUCUAAAUUAUUAUGAUUACUGAACAUUUUUCUAUCCACCACCAGGCCAUGUGCAUCUGAAAUAAAAGACUGCACGUUUACUCCUUAAUCACAUGGAAUAAAGAAUUAAAAUAAACCCAAUAAAGCCCUGUUCUUUCGGAAAUCAGAAACCAAGAUUAAUGUCCUUAAAAACCAUAGUAAACUCCAUUUGCCAUUCCAUUACAAGAAGACGGAAAAGUUAAUUAAGAUAUGGAUUUCCACAAGGAAAAUCUUGAUUUGAUCCUGGUCCCUUGUGGGUUGCUCAUCUUAUUUUCCUACCAUAUUUUCCUUCUUUACAAACACCUCGAUGAUUCUAACUCCACAGUCAUUGGCCUAGAGAACAAAGACAAGAAAGAAUGGGUUCAAAGAGUUGUGCAGGGUAAUUCAAGCGAUUAUGACAGAGCUGUGAGUGUAAUUUCAAGCAACACAACGGCAGCAGCUUACUUGGCUACAAUCUCUCUAACUCUUUGUUCUCUUAUUGGGACCUUUCUUGGAAAAUCUUCUUCUACUGAUAAUAUGUUCCAAAGCAAGAGAAUUUAUGGUGACACAAGGCCAUUCACCAUUUUCCUUAAGGACAUAAGCCUCCUUGCCUGUCUACUUGUUGCUUUCUCAGGGUUUAUUCAAGCUGCAAGGCAUUUGGUUCAUGCAAGCUAUCUAAUGAGCUCACCAGAUAACAAAAACCAUGUCAAGAAGUUGGAGUUUGCAAUUAUAAAAGGUGGUGAUUUUUGGUUAUUUGGGCUUAGAGCACUUUAUUUUGCUCUUAUUAUGGUUCUUUGGUUUUUUGGUCCGGUACCCAUGUUUGUUUCCUCUAUUCUGAUGGUGAUAAUCCUGUAUUACCAUGACAUAUGUACUGUUACAUUGCAUAAUGUCUACUGUCAGCAAGACAAUCAAAAGGGUAAUAAGGCAGCAUCUGUCCGGGGCAGAUUUAGCUAUUGAGAAUCUUAACCAGUAAAGGUUGGUUUCAGAUGCAACAUUCUGCUGAUCAUAUCCAUUGCCGAGACAGAAAAAUUUCAUUUUAAGGGGCGGAGUUAAUUUAUACAAAGGCCAAAGCAGAUUUAUAAAGUAAAAGCCAUUAUUAUUUCCUUUUAACAAAAAGGAUGUAGUAAUAAAUCUGUGUUAGAUUAGUAACAAUAAUUCAUUGUUUAUUCAAAUAGAAAAGAAUAGAUGAGUAAAUAUUAUAUGAUGGGAAGAAAACCUCAUGUAAGAAAAAUUAUAAAUGAAACAACCUUUCAUUAUUAAUGUACUCCCGCA